CCAUCCGCUGAUGCCGUCACAACCCUAGGCAUACGUGACUGCGUCGACGUAUUCAUUCGAAGGAUGUUUCGCCAGCUGGUCAUCGAUGCCUAUCAACAAGGCCCUCGCACACUUUGGUCUGACACUGGAGCAAUGUUUCCAGGUCUGUGGUGCAGAGGCCGGGGCAGUGUUCAUGACGGACAACAAGCAGUAUGAGACGAUCGGCACAUGUGGUUGCCCAGAAUCAGGACAAUCUUUCGCGCCUGCAGGUAAUGCGGUCACUUGUGAUCAAAACUCUAUUUACCUCUAUACACACAUGCCUGGGGCUACUACGCCUGGGUCUCCCGGACCUAGCAGCUACAUCAAGAAGCGAGAAAAGGAGAGGUUGGAGCGAGAAGCGAAUGAAGUCAAGGCGGUCUGCCCAGUCGACUUGACGCCAUGUAAUGUCAUUGACGGUGACGGUCUGUCAUUUGAGUGCCUCGACGUCAACCAAGAGCUCGAGUCGUGCGGUGGAUGCAUCAAUGGUGGAUUCGGAUUCCAAGAUGGCGUCGUAGGGGUCGACUGUACCGCGUUGGCUGGUGUCGAUCCUUCUGCCGUGUCUUGCGUUCAGGGUCAAUGCAAGGUCUCAGCUUGCAAGUCGGGAUACAAAUUGGUUGGUGGGAAAUGUAUUGGUAAAGACCAAAUCAAAAUUGGAUCCAAGGGUUCUAUCAAUGUCGAUAAAAAAGUUCGAGCCGAACCCAAGCCCGUCGCUCUGGCUGUCCCGGAAUCUAGAUGGGUCGAUCCUCUCGAGCUCAAGUAAGGAGGUGCAACAGUGCGACUAGUUGGCUGCCCCCCUGCGCGCGACGAUGAAAGGAAGGGGUUUUGCUGAUGAGCCCUUCGCUGGUCGGAUAUGGACAAUAUGGACACAAUGGACAAUUAUCACCUUAGACUCUUUAUAAUGCUAUCUCACACUCUGUAUGUCAUGACUCGCAUGCUUGUGGAUAUGAUGUCAGCAUCUGGUCGUUUGUAAUCCGCGGUCC